AUGUAUUACAUCUCAUCUGAGGGGAAUGCAACUUGUUUGUCAAGCCCACUAUUGUCAAGAGCCAGGGGAGAAGUUGUGACUAAUAUACCGGUAACACUGAUCGAGAACGCGUCUGAAAGCCCUGAAGUUAGAAACGAUGAAGUGCCGACGUGUCUCGAAACAGCUCUGUUGGUGGGCCCUUUGCAAGUGAAUGUCAGUAACCCCGUGACUCUGGAAAUGGUACAGAAGGAGAAUCCUGAACUUCAGGAAGGGGGCCGCUGGAAGCCCUCAGCCUGUGUUGCACUACAGAAAGUGGCCAUAAUCAUUCCCUUCAGACACAGAGAUGAGCACUUGAAGCUCUGGCUCUACUACCUCCACCCCAUUCUCCAGAGGCAGCAGCUAGACUAUGGGGUCUAUGUCAUCAAUCAGAAUGGAGAAACCAGCUUUAAUAGAGCCAAGCUAUUGAAUGUGGGGUUCGCUGAAGCUCUGAAAGAGUAUGACUAUGAAUGCUUCAUCUUUAGUGAUGUGGACAUUAUCCCCAUGGAUGAUCGAAACUUCUACAAGUGCUAUAGUCAGCCCAGGCACAUCGCUGUCUCCAUGGACAAAUGGGGUUUUAGGCUACCAUAUUAUCAGUACUUUGGAGGUGUUUCAGCUCUUAGCAAAGAGCAGUACAUGAAAAUAAAUGGCCUUCCCAAUAACUAUUGGGGCUGGGGUGGAGAGGAUGAUGAUGUAUAUAACAGGCUGAAAAGCAAGGGCAUGUCACUCUCCAGACCUAAUGGACUAAUAGGGAGAUGCCGAACGAUCCGUCACAACAGAGAUUUGCACAAUGAGCCGAAUCCCCAAAGGUUUCAUAAUAUAGCACAUACAAGAAAAUCAAUGGAAAGUGAUGGUAUCAAUUCUUUGAAGUACCAAGUAGUGAGAUUUGAAAAGAAUCAGCUGUUCACUAAAAUCACUGUGGACAUUGGGAGACCAUGAUGGAAAAAACUGCAGAAAAAACUCCCCAAACUCCAAUUGUUCAUAAAUAGCCUACAGAAUGAUGAACACUGGGUUAUAUGUAAAAUUUGCAGUCUGCUUUUUUGUUACAGAUGUUUACACAAUGUUAGUAGUAC